ACCGUCUCCAGUCUCCUCCCACUUUCGGUUGUUGUUGCCCCUACCCCGUGUCAGACGCGCCUUGUUACCCAUCGCGCAUCAGCCUUCAGACAUUGAGGAGUAACCCUUGAGAGAUUCAAGGACGAAAGAAAAAAAAAAAGAAGAGAAAGGGAAAAAAAAAAGAAGAAGAAAAAAGAUCGAAGAGAAAAGGAUCCUACGAUCAAUGAGCGCGGUAGUGUGAACAUCACUUGGUUCGAAACUAUCUCUGCACUCUCCUCCCUAUCUCCACGAUGGAUCCCAGAUCUCACCCUUCGCGGCCUCCGUCGACUUCCCUCCCGCAGGGUUCGACUCCUCUGUCGAGUAUGCCAAUGCCUCAGUACCAGAUGCAGCCUCAGUAUCCUGUGUCGCAGGCACACACUCUGCCUCCUCUGCAGCCGCAUCACAGUCAGUCGCCGGCGCCUCACUACAUGGGCCAGCCGUAUCGCCCUGACAUGUCGCGCUAUCCCACAACGACCGCUCAUGAAAUGUACGCGUCUUCUACGGCGCCCAUGCCACCGCAUACCACGGUGGGCAGCCUGCCUCCAUCGUCGUUCCUCACGCAUUCGGCCCAGCACGCGCCUUCGCAGCAGCCGCAGCAGUACCACUCCCCCCAUCUGCUGCCCCCAGCGUCCAGCGCCCAGAGCUACCCUCAGCCCAUUGCACCCGCACCUCCGCGUGACCGCCGACCGGACUUUGCCUCUGUGCCGUCCGGUGCGUUCAGCUAUCCCGAUGGCAAGGCCCCCGUUUGGGCGAGCCCGGACAUGACGGGAGCAAAUGGUGCCGCUUCCUAUGGAAAGGAGCCGCCACGCACUCAGGUUGUCGGAUCUCAGGGAAGGAGAGGCAUCCUCCCGAGCGUCCCGGGUCGGGCGGCGGUUGGCAAUGGUGUCAACGGUACUACCAAGAACACCACCAUUCCUGCAAAGGAUGCGGAUGGAAAGUUCCCCUGUCCUCACUGUAACAAGACCUAUCUGCACGCGAAGCACCUUAAGCGUCAUCUCCUCAGACACACCGGUGACCGGCCUUACAUGUGCGUUCUCUGCAAGGACACGUUCUCUAGAUCCGACAUCUUGAAGCGCCACUUCCAGAAGUGCUCUCUCCGACGAGGUAACCCGACGGGUGCGAGCCAUUUGUCGCACCCCCAGGCACACCUGAAGAGGUCACAAGCAGCGGCGAAUGCUGCCAAACCUGUUCAGGACGAAGUCAGUAACUCCAUCCCGCCUUCCAAUGGCUUAGUGGGUACGACUUUCGGCGAGGGGGCCGUGAACGGUAAUGGGCUGGCCUCCAGCCGGCCCGGGUUCACGGAGCAGCAGCCUCUGGGAUUUUCGAUGUCCUCUGUCAAUGGGAUGAACCGUGGUCAUACGGACAACGCGUACUCCCCUGGGCAGGCGCAUCAAAGAGCCUCUUGGAUGGCUGCACCCAAGCAGAACCCGUACCUCGUCCAGCCUGGUAAUGAUGCACAUGGCCACCAACUGAAUGUUGACCUUCCUCCCAUUGAACAGGCUAAACCUCCGGUUGUUCACCAAGACCCCAAGCGUCCAGUCAUGCCAGGACAGCACCCGAACCACCCCGGCGAGAUUGACUGGACCACGAUGUUUCAACCCGGAGCUCACGAUGGUUACAUCAACACGGUGUUCCCUCAGUCUAUGGCGCCAACCCACGAACCGAUAAAUGCGCAGGUCAAUGCACAUGUCGAUGCCGAAAGGAAGUACUACCCCGCUACGACUGCAGGACAUCAGGAGGGCGGAUUGAAUGGUCUUUACCUGGCGUCGACCACGUUGGGCGGUGAUGGUACGUUCUGUCCUACUACUCCGGGUGUAAGAGAAGUUGUUAGCAGGUAGCGGUGGACUGACGGAUUUGGUUUUUUUCUCUCUUGUUUUCACAGGCACUGUCCAGCCUGCAAGACAAUAAAGCUACAGCUGAAAGAAAGGAAUUGUCCGAUGGCCGAUUUGUGAGAUGUUAUCGCCCUUGAUUUCAAUUUUAGAAAAGUCAUGGUCACUUUGGCUAUGCGUUGUUAUGGG